AUACCUGUUGGCAGCAUUGUACAACACGCGGUACUAAUUCCUUUCUUCGAAUCAGUGCCGUAUUUAACUGUUUUGUCAGUAUUACUUCUGUUAUUGGGGAGGGUGGAAAUGGCGUUAGAAUCUAUACGAUAUAAUGCGGGAAAACUGGAAAUACUCGAUCAGUUGUUGCUACCACGGGAAUCCAAAUAUGUGAUGCUCUGUGGUGUGGAAGAUGGUUGGCGGGCGAUCAAUAAGAUGCAGGUGCGGGGAGCACCGGCUAUAGCGAUCGUGGGCUGCCUCAGCCUGGCCGUCGAGCUGCUGGGCGAGACCUUCGACGACAAGAAGGUUCUUCGUCAGGAAGUGGAGGGGAAGCUCAACUACUUGGUCUCGGCGCGGCCCACGGCCGUCAACAUGAAGCUCGCUGCCGAGGAGCUGAUAGCGCUCAUAAACAGCCUGGGUGCAGACGACAGCAUCGGGCCUGAGGAGAUGAAAGCGAGGUUUGUCGACGCUAUCGAGGCGAUGCUGGCUCGCGACAUCUCGGACAACAGACGCAUCGGGGAGCUGGGAGCACAGGCGGUGGUUUCGGCACAGGUGUGCGGGAGCUCGGACAAGCUGCGGGUGCUGACGCACUGCAACACGGGUUCGCUGGCCACUGCGGGCUACGGCACGGCCCUCGGCAUCAUCCGGGCGCUGCACGCCAUAGGCAAGCUCGACCACGUAUACUGCACCGAAACUCGCCCAUACAACCAGGGUGCCCGCCUCACCGCAUACGAACUCGUACACGAGCAGAUCCCGGCGACGUUGGUGUGUGACAGCAUGGUUGCCGCUCUGAUGAAGGUGCGUUCCAUCUCGGCUGUCGUUGUGGGCGCCGACCGUGUGGCUGCCAACGGUGACACUGCCAACAAAAUUGGUACAUACCAGAUAGCUGUGGUAGCAAAGUACCACGGCGUGCCUUUUUUCGUAGCAGCGCCUCUUACGUCCAUCGACUUCAGCAUCCCUAGUGGUGAGCGAAUUGUUAUAGAGGAAAGACCAGAGAAGGAGAUGACACACGUGGGAGAUGUUCGCAUAGCGGCACAAGGUAUAGCUUGCUGGAAUCCGGCAUUCGAUGUGACCCCUGCGGAACUCGUAACUGCGAUAGUGACGGAGCGCGGGGUUGUCGAGCCGGGUCAGCUGCGGAAACUGCUGGUGGAGGAUCGGCAGCCCAACGGAAUGCUCGUCGGUGACAUCCCGUCCUAGCGCCGCUCGGUCCUGCCGCGGUCUCGCCGGGUGGGACACUCGUCGGCGCAGCUCGUCUGCCGUACUCGAUUUACUUGUUCUGCUGAGGACCCUUGUUAUGUCAAUUUUAUGCAAUUGUGAACACAUUUUGUAAGCAGUGCUGUAAACCACAGCUCAGAUACUUUUACUUUAUCUCUUACCUUUAUUUUCUGUUAUUUGUGUAUUUUUACAACCAUAUUAUUGUAGUGUUUCUCAGCACACUACUGUUGCUAAGCUGGGAUUGAUGGAUUGUUGAUUCAGUAUUAGGUGCAGAAUUUUUCCAGGGUGAUCCUUAUCGUAUAGUAGACAUUUGUCGAAUGGUGUAAAAAAAGGGAGAGCAUUCAACUUUCGCUGUGCUAAUUUGUGGUCACAGUGAAAAAAUAUAUUUCAGAGAUCUUAUUUGUUCAUAAAGAUGUGUUUCAGGUGUUGAUAUAGUUCAUCUCGAUAUGGUGACUGAUGGGUAAUGGAUGAUUCGCAGUUGACUCGAGUCGAGUUAUCGCACUGGGAUCCCGAAGUCUCGUAUGUAAGUGCCGGUAGGGUUCUUCCGCAUAGCUAUUAACACAGUUUAUUGAUAUGUAUAUAUGGAGUUUAACACAUUUUUAGGAACAAGUAGUUUUUGAAGCAAGGUUUCUGUAGAUAUUGACAGCACUUUGCAGUUUAGGAACUGUGAUGUGAUGUGAUGGGAUGCGAUGCGUGUGUCUGUCAUACUACAGUAACUCAAUUUUUGGGAGAUGAUUCUUGAGAUUUUAAAAUUGUCUUUAACUUUGUUCUCUAUCUGAAACUUUCUCCUCUCAUUUGGUGAAAACAUAAUUAUCUGAUUCACACACAUUUUGUCUUGUAGCGAUAAUAUGUAAGGUUUAUUAAUUAAGAAAAACUACACAAAGUGCCUUCUUAUGGAAACCCUGAAAUAUCUGUACUUUUUAAAAACAGAACAAAAUGCUGCAAAAAACAAGUGAAAUUUACGUCUCUAGUCACAUAGUCACAUACUAUUCCUUAUACUCAAAGGAAAUAAAAGCACAAGCUGUAGUGAUUAAGCAUGAACAAGGACUGUUAAAUUUGAUUAUACUCAUCUCGGUUGUGUCAACUCAAAUACUUAGAAAUAGAAAAUCCUGAGCAGUCUCAUCUUCAUGUGCUGGGAGUGGGAUAGAUUGAAGGUGGCGAUUGACAAGUCAACUAUUUUAGAUGCGGUGUCCUCGGGAGAGGUCGUUGGGUCAUCACAGAAGUGGUAGGUUAAAAAGUAUAGAAAGUGCCCUCCCCCUGAGUAGCAAUCAGUUCGAAUGAAAUGAGGUGGGGAAGAGGUUGCAGUUCAUAGGGAUUUGUAAGAGGCAAGAGGAGAACAGGGAGAAAACAGAAGACAUGCCAGGUUUUAGAAAUGACAGAAGAACCAAACCUGCAGAAUUAAAAUUGCUCCCUGCCAAACAAAUUUUGGAAAUCAGCGUAUCCUUACUGAGUGUGUAGUGUGUGAUACAUAAAAAUGAAUAAUGGUUUUGACUUUAAUGGAAUCUUACUUUUGGCUUUAGAAAAUCGUGAGAAGGGACUCUUCAGACUAAAGUUGUAUCCACUGCUAGUAUUGAAUAAGGGAAUAUAUAAAAUCUAAUGUAAAGUAAAUAAAUACAUUCAUCUCAAUAACUUGUAGUUUAAAUAACCAACAGGGGAAGACAAAUUGCUUCAAUUGUAUAUGGUAUCUAGUGCAUGCAUGCAUGCUUAAUUACAUACAUACGUGCUUGCUCCUGUGAUAGAAAUCAGUUUCUGGGCAAGUUGAUGUGUGUCCUAAUAUCAAAACAUAUUGUAGAAUUUGAACAACUUAUGUUUAGCAGUAGUAUAAGUGAUGUAUUCCCCCUCCCCCCUCGUAAGCAAGCAGUCGUAAAAUAGUGUUUAGGAAAUGAGUGUCACUAUGCAUAAUUUUUGUCCUUGCACAAUUCAUUCCUCUGGCUGGAAUGUUGAUGCUGCAAUGUACGCAUUAUGUGAUAAACGUAAGAGCCAACCGUUAAUAGUAAUACUUGCAUCAGUAUAGAACAUUUGUAGGUGAUUUUUAGCGGGUCAUAAGUAAAAUAACUGUGUAAUAUCACUUUGAAUGUUUGUCCAAAUGUGAUUGCUGAUGCCAGUUUAUUGCUUCUUUCUGACCUUUUCCCUUUCCUUCUGCUUUUUCUUUUCUUUCAGUGGUUAGCUUUGUGUAGCAUAUUUCGAGUAUUGUUUAUGACUAUUCUUGAAAUAAAAAUAGCAUCCUGCCUUUCCAAGAAUAGUGUGAUGGCAUAUUGAUUCUGUGAGCAUGAUAGAAGUUUCUAAAUAAUUCCAAAUAGAAAACAUUUUACUUUUUUGGAGGAUGAGUGGUGAUUUCCCCUUCUGUGCUUUUUCUGUAACAAAAGCCACCUCAGAGUCAGUUGUGUGUUUGUAUUUUUUAUGGCAGAUUUACAAGUAUGUUUGCAAAGUAGGGGUAUUAAAAGCAAUAAAAAAAGGCUUGCCUAUUAAAACUGUGUGUCUAAGACAUUUUAAAAAUAAACAUAUUUCCUUGUAGGCAGCAAAUACUUUAUUGUUUACAUGGUUCAUUGAUGGUUAAUUGUGAACUAGCUCAUGUUACAUAUUGUAUGAUUGAAGUUUAGAAUGUUUGGAGAUUUGUUCUGUGCCUUAUUUCUAAGCAAUAAGUAGUUUAUGCUGCAGUUAAGCACUGGCAUACAACUCAGCUGUGAGCUGUGUAGACAGAGCAGCUUGUCUGAGGCUAGUUUCUGUCUUUGUGAAAUCUCAAGAGUAUAUGAAGCACUUAGUACAUUGUUAUUUUUUUAUUUUGAAAAAUUGAAUAUUUGUAUUAUUAGAAAGACCAUUACUAGACAUGUGAACAAGAUAAACUCAUGGAAAAAUGGCACAGUUGACUGGCUGCUUCCAGCAAAACAUUAGGUCAUAGUAUAGCAGAUGCAUUUAGAGAGCAUUGCAAUAAGAAACUAACAGCUUGCUACAAGAAAUACAGUUCUCUGCAGUACCCACUAUAUAGCUGGUUUAUGAAGGGUCUGUAUGUAAGCUAAGCAGAGGUUGUGGCCAGAUCAUGACAUCAUUCCAUCAAAUGUAGCAGGAGUACUAUGAUGCCAGUAAUCACCCAUUUUAAUGUAUAAUGUCUUCAUCCCUCACCAACACACUCCAAUCUCCCCCCCCCCCCCCCCCCCCGCCCGCCUCCCCCCACCUCCCUCCUCAUCCCCUAUUAUUUUAUGUUAUUUCAAGUACAUCAUUUAGGAGGUGGUUCUAUGUUUCAAAUGCUUGAGGACAAGUGUUUCUUUUAAAAAAUUCGUUUCUUCAGCUAUUUUUUUGUUAUGUCGUAGGCACUUUCCUUGCUACAUUUUAGCUUAGCCACACGUAUAAUAGAGUAAGUAUAUAAAUUGUAUUAAGCCAUAUUGUCCCUUAAAAAGCCCAGUUUCCGGACAUUGUCAAUGUUUGACCAUGUAAACUUACUUUCCAGUCUGUGUUCAUGCUGUUCAUGUAUGACCUUUGAUAAUACUUUCAAUAAUAUAUAACAAAAUUGGGUCAGUUUUUAAAGCUCGAUGACAAUAUCUGCCGUUAUAUAAUUUUCAUUCUGUGAACAAAUAACUGAGUAAACUUCGUCUGACAUUUGGAAUGUGUGAAACAGCCACAAGGAGUAAAAAGGCACUGGGUGAAAUUAGGGAACUAUUAAACAUUUUUCUGUUCUCUGACUGCAUAGGGGGCAGUCUCCCAUGUUUUUUAAACACGUGUAUCUCAGUUAUUUAAUUAGUGCCAUAUUCAGAUCCCAUUUUUGUCUUCAUGAGAUGUUGAUUGCAGCACACAGUAAGUUAAACCAUUAUUCAAUUUUAUAGCUGUAUACUAAGACACAGAAUGUAUAAAUGUUGAGAAAGUGUAAGUUUACACAUUUGGGCAGGGUUGUGCUAAUUGUACUUUUCCUGCAGAUGCAUGUGGAGAUAACAAGUCUGCAGAAAACUUGGAGCGUGUGUUAUGUGGUGUUUCUCUCUGCCUUUUUUACUUUAUUGUGGCUCUUCUCCCCCCCAAUCCUCUUCAUGUGUUGGUUGUACUACCACUGCCAUUACAACUUUCAUUGCAAUUGCCAUCUUCCAGAUGUGAUUUUUCCUUUAUAAAGCUAGUCACCUUGUAUACACUCUUCAUUUAAUGUCUGGGAGGGAGAAAUACUUCAAUGAUAGUAAGAUGUGGUAUUGAAUAAAAGACUGACUGACUGAGAUUUUUGGUGUAAAUUCUUUCACAGGAGACUUGUUCAUAAAUGUAAUCACCAUGCUGAUAAAUAUUUCUAAAAUGUGGGCUCAGUUCUUCCAUUUCAUGUAGUGUAUAUCAGAAGAAGAAAGUAUUUGUAUUAUUAUUACAAGAGGGUUUUCUUUUUCCACUUAUUAAAGGAAAAUUUUUGUAUCUCCAGUACUACUUAGGAGUAAGUAAAUUAGCAAAUUAAUAUCUUAAGCAAGACGAUGAACUAUUUGUAGUUCUGUUCUCUGUUGGUGUUAUUUGGGUGAUACUGAUACUUCAGUUUUCCACUACUUGGUUUGCUGUUUGUGCUGCAGCAAGCUCAGGGUUUCUGCUUUUAGGUAUCUGUGAAAAAUGUGACUUAAAGAAAGAUAACGUUAGUUUUCUGAUCAUAGCUCUUGCAUUAUAGAUGGUUUUAGUUUUGUUAACGCAUAGUUCCUGAAAUAUUGUUUGCACUAUGUUUUGUAUCCAUAGCUAUGCAGACAAGAAAUAUUAUAAUAACUUGUUACAUUUUGGAUGGAGAAAGAGUGAUCUAUGAGAGAGAGAGAGAGAGAGAGAGAGAGAGAGAGAGAGAGAGAGAGAGCAUAAACAUAUGUCCAUUAUUUUUAAGAGGUGUUUGUUGUUUUACAUGUUCUCUCCUUAGCCCCUUCUUCCCUGCCUCCUCGCUCCCACCUCCCCCCCCCCCCCCCUCUCUCUCUCUCUCUCUCUCUCACUCAAAUAUUAGUAUAGAAAGUGAUAUUUUAUUACACAUGUGUCUGCAUAGGUGAUUAGAUGUAAUUGAUACCUAUUACUGAAAAUACAAUACUGAAAUUAUUUGGUUAUUCUUAUAUAUUGUGUAUGGUAUGUUUAGUUCUAUGUAUUAAUUUGGUUGUAGUUGUAAAUGACCACCUCUCAAUGGUAAUUAACAUGUUGUGGUAUCUAGGUUACUUCGUAUUUAGAGACUUAAUGUAUACAUAAUAUGAUUUGUGACUCAAAUUGAGUUACAGAGGAAAAGAAAGAGAGACUGUCUUGGGCAGUAGCAGAGGACAGAAGAUGACAAAGUUCCAUUCUGCUACAUUUUAUAGGAUGUAAAUAUAUAUAUAUUUAUUAAUUUGAACUGGAAUGAAAAUACAGUGUGCACAAAUAAUUUGUCCUCCUCAGUUCUAUCUACUUUGUAUGGUAGCUAAUGUUGCAGUGCAAGGUCAUAAAUUUUGAUAUGUACCUUAUUUUGGGCAUUGUAUAUACCGAAUUAUUUUAUUAAAAGUUAGACUCCAGUUAA